AUGGCGACGGAGGAAGGGCCCCCAAACAAACGCGAGGGAGGGAAAAGAAAGUACAGAAAGGAAAAACCAUGGGAUAAUGAAAACAUAGACCACUGGAAAGUUGAAAAAUUCACAAGGGAAGAUAAUAAAAACCAUUUUUUAGAAGAGUCCAGUUUUAAAGUACUUUUCCCCAAAUACAGAGAAAAAUAUCUACAACAGUUCAGCACAGAUAUCAAAAAUGUAUUAAACAAUCAUUUUGUAAAAUUUGAAAUGAACUUAAUUGAAGGAUACAUGUGUGCAAGGGAUAUGAUUUCUCUUCUUUCGAGAAGCGUUCCCUUCAGUCAUGCUAAGAGAGUCCUUGACGAUGAAACCUUUUGUGAUAUUAUAAAAAUAAGCACCUAUGUAAGGAACAAAAAUAAAUUUAUCAAAAGGAGACAGAGGUUGUUAGGAAGCAAUGGAACAACUUUGAAGGCCCUGGAAAUACUGACCAACUGUUAUAUAUGUGUGCACGGGAAAACGGUUAGUGUUAUUGGCUACUUCAAAGCACUGAAGGUGGUGAGGCGGAUUAUUGUCGACUGCAUGAAGAAUAUCCACCCAGUUUAUCACAUUAAAGAAUUAAUUGCUAAAAGGGAACUGGAAAAAAAUGAAGAGUUUAAAAAUGAGAAUUGGGAGAAAUUUCUCCCCAAUUUUAAGAAACGAAAUGCACAGAGGAGAAAAAUUAAACAAAAGUUGGAUAAGAAGAAGGGCGCCAAGAAGGAGGAGAAGUCCGUGUUCCCGCCGGAUCAGCUGCCAAGAAAAAUUGACAUCCAGAUGGAGACCGGUGAGUACUUCAUGCGCCGCACGGGGGGGGAGGCGGCUGCAAGGGGGGCGUAA